AUGGCAGCAGGGAUCCUCGCCGUGGUUUUCGCGCUGAUUCUGGUCGCUGCACCGGCCCCUGAGCAGGCAGGCAAGGUGGACAGGUGUGAUGAUGAGGUCAAGGCUGCUCAAGUUGUGGUCACGCGCCGUCUAGAUCAACUCAAGCGACAUCGGGUUGCAACACCUUCGCCCUCUGGAGCACUUUCGACUCUGUACUUCUUGCAUGUCCCAAAAACCGCGGGCACAUCCAUGCUACAUGCCUUCCUCGACGCGGUUGCCACAAGUCAGGACAAUGCGGCCGACCGCUCCAUCUUGCGCUGCCAUCGGCAUUUGGAUCUAUCCAACUGCUUUAUAGUCUACAAUGCGACCUCAGCCACGCAGUGCACCGGUGGAAGGCCAGCGGCUUGCGGCUAUGUGCUCACCCAUGCUGGAUUGGAUGUCACCUUUGCCAUGCGGCGAGAUGUGCUAGCCGUGACCAUUCUGCGAGAUCCUGCCUCACGCCUGCUGUCCUACUACAACUACCUCCGUCGACCAGCCAACCCGAGUGCUUUUGCACGCUGGUAUAGGGCAUCUCCACAGCGGGCGCUCGACAACAUCAUGACUGGCUACUUGGCUGGCGAGGCCAUGGGUCCGGCGGGUGCACUUGUCGCGCCCGUCUGGCAUCCCAUUACAAACGCAUCGCUCGGUUCUGCCAAACGCCACUUGAUCUCGGCAAUUGACCUCUGGGGGUUUCAAGAGGAUUUGAAUCCUUUUCUGCGCUGGCUCGCCUACCUGUGGCCACAUCACAACGCCUCCAAGCACAUUCAUGCCAUGACAACGAGCAAGCGCUAUCAGCCGCAUGAGCACGGCACCCGUGGCAUUGAGAGCUCAGCAAUGCCAGCCCAUUCUACUCCGACCAACCUGCAGAUCAAGCACCUGGACGAGGUCCUUCUUUCAGAGGUCUGUGAUCACAUGCUUUUUGGGUUGAUCGGUCAGGGUGGAGAGCAACCAGGCUGA